AUGUUCAAGGACGAAGUACCAGCUCAAAGUCGAAGGAGCAAACCAUAUGCAGCGAUAAAUGGUACGUUAAACUGGCUACGAUCAGACCUAGAUAUCGCCAAUCUCCCGAACCAAGUGACCGGUUCAAAGGGAUCGCAACAACAGGUCAAUAUGGGAGUCAUCAUCAUCUCAGACGUCAAAACAAUGCGAAAAAAACCGGAACAAACUAAAGUCGGUUCAGCUGCUAACAGAAGUUCAAGGAGAAGCCUGAUUGAAAAGUCGGUUCUACUUCGCUAUGGCGACACAGAUCCACUAACCAUCUUUUCCGCCUAUGGUCAUUCGGAUCGCACCACCGUCAUUAUCGCUGCCUACGGUUACAUGAUGUAG